AUGGAGGCCGCUACCAAAGGCCACUUCCGCCUGGCGGGACGUGAAUUCCCCAAGGUCAACUGGCUUACUGACCCUGGUUUGAGAAGGAAUUACAUCUGCUUGAUGUUCGUCGUUAUCACCAGUGCCACCAACGGUUACGAUGGUUCCAUGAUGAACGGUCUUCAGGCCCUUACUAUCUGGCAAGAUGUCCUGAGCACAUGCUAA